UUUAGCCAAUCAGAGACCUGCUCUGUAGAGGAAGCGCAUUGUUCAAAAUUUUCACUCAGUCGGGAAAAACAGUUGAGCAAAGGAUCGGUGGCUCGACAUUUAGAUUCUAACAGCGUUCGAGGCUUUACUUCGUGCAAAUAAGGCCUUUAUCCUUUUUGAGGCAAGCAUGGCAUUGUCUUCGCCCUAUGGAUGCCCCUCUGAUGAUGAUGAGGAAAGGGCUGUGUUUAAUUCCACAGCAGCAGAGCACGGAGGCCUGGCCAGACCACGUCUGCCUGAGAUAUCUGUCAUUUCUCCUGGCCUGGGCACCCAUGUGUCUGUCACAGAACCGAAGCCAGCAGCUACACCUGGAUUAGUGAGACAAGGAAGCGGUGGUGAAGGAAGUCCUGAAAGGGUAAAAGUUUAUGUGCGCAUCCGGCCACUUUCUGAGGCUGAGAGACAAAGAGGAGAAGAACAGGCUUGUGUGGCUGUCCAGGAUGAAGAGACGCUGCUCCUCAAAGCCCCAAAAGAGUCUCAGAACAUGAGGAUGGCAGAAAGGGGCAUCACACAGAGCAUGCACAAGUUCAGCUUCUCUAAGAUCUUUGGACCAGACACCACACAGCAGCAUUUUUAUGAAUGCACAUUGAAGAAUAUUGUAAAAGAUGUGCUCAGAGGAGAAAACCGACUCCUCUACACUUACGGUGUGACCAAUUCUGGAAAGACUUAUACAAUUCAGGGUAGUGGCCGAGAGGCAGGCCUCCUGCCACGGGCCUUGGUGUCUAUGUUCAGGAAACUGCAGGGCCGUAUCUACGAUGCCAUGGAUCUGAAGCCUGUCAUGUAUCAGGAUGUUAGAAAGCUUGAACCCAGCGAGAUGCGCGCAGAAGAAAUCCGCAGAAACUCUUUGCUUAAAGAGGAUGAUAACUCGACUUCUCGUCGUGGUGGUACCACUACAAUCUGGGAUAGUGGUGUGGGAGGACUCUCUUCUACAAGCAACAUUAACUCCCACCUGGAAGACACGGACAGUGUCUGUCUGGACCUGGACGGCCUUUCACACAGUGGCGGGAGCGACUUGGAGGAAGGGGUGCAAUUUUCUAUCUGGGUGUCCUUUUACGAGAUCUACAAUGAGUUCCUGUAUGAUCUGCUGGAUGCUUCACCCUCCCUGCAGCCCCGGAAAAGGGCCACACUGCGCCUUAGUGAAGACAAGCUGGGCAAUGCUUAUAUUAAAGAACUCACCUGGAUCCAGGUACGGACUGCAGAGGAAGCUUGGAAGAUUCUUAGGGGCGGACACCGUAAUCAGAGCUUUGCCAGCACUCACCAUAACCAAAAUUCCAGCCGGAGCCACAGCAUCUUUUGCAUCCGAGUCCUUCGAGUUCCACCACAGAAAGAGUCAGGCCAGGCCAUGCACAUCAGUGAACUGACGGUGUGCGAUCUGGCUGGAUCCGAACGCUCCAAAGAUCAGCGUAACGGUGAGAGGAUGAAAGAGGCCAACAACAUCAACACCUCCCUUCUAACGCUGGGCCGCUGCAUUGCUGCUCUGAGGCACAACCAGAACAACAAAUCACGACCCCCUCAAGUGGUGCCCUUUAGGGACAGUAAACUGACCCGAGUGCUGCAGGGUUUCUUCUGCGGCAGAGGAACCUCUAGUAUGGUGGUAAACGUGAACCCAUGUGCCUCCGUCUACGAUGAGACACUCCAAGCUCUAAAGUUCUCUGCUAUUGCUACUCAGCUGGUCCAUGGCCCAUCGACAAAGACCAGAGUGGCCUACAUCCUUUCUCUCCUACAUGAGCCAACAGAAAAUGGUAACGAAAGCACAGUUUUGGAGGAGGAAGAUGAGAGCGAUGAAGAAGAAGGAGACAUUACCAUGUUAAAUACUGAGGCUUUGCUGCAUGCCAUCAAUGUCCUGAAGAGAGAGGUGCAGCGCCAGCGGGAAGAGAAGGAAGUCCUUGAGGCAAACGUGAGAGAGCAGGUGGUCUCUGAAAUGAUGGAGGUCAUCUCUAACAUGCAAGAUGACUUCAGCGAGACCUUGGAGGCUGAGAAGGCUCUGGUUGAAGAGAGGUGUGAGGACAGGGUGACUAACCUGCAGAAGCAUUUGAAGACAUUCUACAGCCAGGAGCUGAUGGAGCGUGAUCAGGAAAUUGAGGCAUUAUCUGCUGCCCUUGAAGCAGCAAGAUCUGCCCCUGCAUCCACGUCAGAGGCUGAAACGGAAAACCUUCGCCGUUCUAAGCGCCUCACUGCUCAAAAAGAACACGUCAGAACACUAAACGCAGAACUGGACCAAUGCCGCGAAGAGGUGUUGGUCAAGACACAAGAGCUGACGAAUGUCAAGUUGCAGCUGGACGUCCCAGGUUCAGCGGGUUCCGGCACCGGUGCUGUUGAUCGCAAGUUGGAGGAAGGUCAACGGAACCUGCGUCAGCUGCGCCUGGAUCUGCAGAGGCUUGGGGCAGAUCUGCAGUCCGGGGAAAGAGCCUGCUGCCGCAACACAGGCGGGGAGCGGCUGCGUCAGGCAUUAACAGCUGCAGACGAUACUCUAUCCAAACAGGAUCAAAUCCUGGUGGAGCUGCAGAAUAGCCUGAUUCUGAUCAAAGCUGAUUUAAGGCGGAAAGCAGAGACCCUUGCCCAGACAGAGGCCCUUCGGCUCCAACUCCCCCCCUCGGGUUUUGCAGCCCCCAACACCCCAGGUUCCUGUAAAAAGAGAGGCUGCGCAGCUGCUGCACCAAGCGAGGCUGAAAACCGGCCCCCACAGAAACGGCCCCUUUUCCACUCUCUGUUCCCAACACGCACUCCCAAUCGUAAAUACAACACGCGCGCUGUUGAAGAAGCAAACACAACCCCUUACUCACGGAUCUUGCGCUCUCGCCAGCAGUCUCCGCCUCCCAGCCCUCUGCUCACCCGUGGUCUCAGGGGGAGGUACUAAGCUGUUUCAAGCUUAUUAUUUUUAUUAUUAUUUUUAUAUUAUGCAUAAAGUACUUGCUGGUAACUUUAUAUUAUUUUCAUAUCCACUUUUUGUAGUGCAGUUACUUCACGUAUUUUAUGCCAAAUACUAAUUUUGAUGCCAGUGAAACUGUACAUGCUUCAAAUAGGGAUACUGUAAUCUAUUAAGGGAUUUGAGGUGGCCUUGAUUAGAGCUACUCAGUGUUAUGGACUGUAUGCUGUGUGUAAUUAACCGUCCCUGAAACGCCUCCACAUCUUUGCUUUGUCCACAAUAAAAUCUGUAAAACCUCA